UGCGCUUGCUUCCGGCAGAGGUUCAGAGGAGGCAGAGCUGAGCCAUGGGGAAGAAGCGAGACGCCAUCCUGGAGGCGCUGGAGAACUUGACCCCGGAGGAGCUCAAGAAAUUCAAGCUAAAGCUGGGGGCGGCACCGCUCCGCGAAGGUUUUCGGAACAUCCCACGUGGGGCGCUCGGGCAGCUCGACGCGAUAGACCUCACCGACAAGCUGGUCACCUUCUACUGCGAGGACUACGGCGCCGAGCUCACCGCAGUCGUGCUGCGAGACAUGGGCAUGCAGGAGGAGGCAGCAAGGCUUCAGAGGGUCGAAUAAACACAGACGUGGUUGGGAGUUGCGCGGUUUUCAGGAGAGGAGUCUCGGGCCAAGGAGAAGUGCAGUGCAGUGCUGAUGAUGUUUGUGGGCAAAAAUAACCCGCAGAAGCCCACCUCGACCACCAGUCGUGAGAAGAUGGUAGAGUCUCCACGGCGAGGACCAAGGACGGCUCCAUGCCUCCAGUCCCCGCCUGCUCCUGCCUCUGCUCCUGUCGUUAAUUCUAAUGCAGCCCAAUAAAUGUUUGAUGACAAACCUU